AACGCUAUAUUGAAACCUUGAACUGUUCAAAUACAUUUUGUAAAUGAAGUUUUUCAAAGCUGAUAACGUAUAUCAUAACAUGAGAUUUAAUUUAGGGCAGUAAAAGUAGUUGAUUCAAUCGCUAACGCAAGUGCUGAUUCGUUGGGUUUUGUAUUCUGAUUUCAAGUGGCGUUCUUCAACGUUGUGAUCUAAAGUUCGAUCGCAGUAACGGGAAAUUACUUCGGAGGAUAAAUACAUUCCAAAACGAGCGGCAGUUAUAGCCAUGGAACAAGACCUGAAGAAGCGCCGGGCCGCCCGGAAGAAGCGUUGCCUUAUGAUACUCAAGGAUAACCUUAUUAUCAUCUUCAUGGUGAUCUCGCUCAUCGUCGGUGUCGUCGUCGGCUUGACGGUACGGAAGCUGGAGGGCUGGGAGUACUACCAGAAACGGAAGAUCUUCUACCUUCGGUUUCCUGGAGAUCUGUUGAUGAACAUGCUCAAGCUGCUCAUACUUCCGCUCAUCGUCUCCAGCAUCAUAUCGUCGCUUGCCUCGCUAAACGCCAAGGCGUCUGGUCGCAUAGGUCUGAGAGCGGUCGUGUAUUACUUGACCACAACGUUCGCGGCGGUCAUCGAGGGCAUAAUUCUGGUGCUCACUAUAAAGCCGGGAAAUAGGGGCGGAGGCAUCACUCCUUCCGGUCAGUCCAAGGAUCAGGCGCCGCUGGAGGCGCUAUUCGAUCUGAUCCGAAACUGUUUCCCUGACAAUUUAAUAGAGGCAAGCUUUAGGAGGUUGACGACGGUUACGGUUCCGUUCAAAUACAACGUUACCAUCGACGUGCCGUUCAAUGCAACCGGAAAUGAAGAAAACGCCACUACAGCUCAAGAGACGCGUACAUCUGACUUCCCGUCGGUAAAGGUGGACGACGGCAUGAACAUUCUGGGUAUCGUCGUUUUCUCAAUCUUCCUGGGCGCCGUUCUGUCCAGCAUGGGUCGCCAGGGCAAGCCGCUACUAGACUUCUUCGAGACGCUGCACAUCGCAACCAUGAAGCUCACCAUGCUGGUAAUCUGGUACUCGCCAGUGGGUAUCAUAUUCCUUGUUGCCACAAAGUUGAUCGAAAUGGAGGACCCCAACAAGGUGUUCGUGCAGCUGGCCUACUACAUGCUUACCGUGCUAGUGGGUCUCGCCGCGCACGGGAUCAUCGUGUUGCCCCUCGUGUACUUUGUCUUCACGCGCAAGAACCCCGUGACCUUCAUGUACGGCAUGACCAAAGCGCUGCUUACUGCCUGGGGAACUGCAUCCAGCUCUGCCACCUUACCGGUUACCAUGGAAUGUCUCGAGGGCAAUCACGUGGACGUCCGCAUCGCCAAGUUUGUAGCCCCCAUUGGGGCCACCGUGAACAUGGACGGAACGGCGCUCUAUGAAGCGGUCGCCGCCAUCUUUAUUGCUCAAGUGAACGGGAUCAGCCUCAAUAUAGGGCAGGUAAUCACUGUCAGCCUGACGGCCACAGCAGCCGCCAUUGGAGCGGCAGGUAUCCCCUCUGCCGGCCUCGUUACCAUGACAAUCGUCCUAACCGCCGUCGGCUUACCGACGGAAGACAUUUCGAUCAUUCUCGCCAUCGAUUGGUUUCUCGACCGUUUUCGGACAGCCAUCAACGUUCUAGGGGAUGCGAUCGGGGCCGGCAUAGUGGACCAUCUUUCGCAGGCCGACUUGAAGGAAAUGGACAGACUCGAAGGCAUAGAGGAGGGUAUCCAAGACAACGACGUCUCCGUGACAACGGAAUCCUCGGGGACCUCGAGCAAGGAGAAUGGAGUGAAGUUUGAAGAAAAGAAAGCUAUCGAUAUUGGCCUAAACAACCCGGCCUUCACAAAUGGCGAUUUGAACACUCCCCUAUAAUCGAACGCUCUCGAUCACAAUAUAUCAUGAUCACAAAUCCAGAAAUAAGUUUGCGCUUUUAUUUUUAAGUUUUUUUUUAGCUGUCGACGGUCUGUUUUAAUUCAUUCAUUUAUUUUGCAAAAUGUAUACGAUUUGCUGCUAUACGUUAUUUACUUUACCCGUUAGGGGACCGGACACUACUUCACCAUGUAAAUUUCUGUAUUUUUAUUUUUUACAUAUAAUUUGAGUUUGACAAUAAAAAGUUGUCGAUGUAAACAUAUUCAUGUUUAAAGUUCUAAAUAAUAUCCAAAAACAAUGUUAAUUUCAAUUUAAUCCAACAUUAUUAAUUGGCAUAUAUUUUUAUUUAAAAAACGGUAUUAAAAUCUGAUGGGUAAUAUGUUCACAGAGAGAGACACUGCAGUAGCAGGAGUAAAACCUUAGUUAAUCACGUUUUAAGUUGUGUUGUUUAAAGUUUUCAUUUCAAAACCAUGUUAAUUAUAUCUUCUAUAUUAUAUAUUGUACACGGAUAUAUAGCAUAUGAGUAUUUGUCUUUCAGAUUGUGUUUUUUAUGGUAAAUAUAAUAUUGUUAUUUAUAUGUUAAAACUAUUGUGAAAUAUGUAACCAUAUUUUUACUUUGCAAUGCAAUCUGAUAUCAAGAAGUGUGUUUAUAUUAAUUGUUUAUAUACUGCUGUAUUUGCCAUUGGCUGAAUUAAUUAAUUGUUCGUACCGAAAGAUCGUGUUUCGUCUGCGAACUGUCUCAUGAUUACAUAUCAAGAUCUGUUUACAUCCUUCAUUAAAAUCCUGUUUACUUG